UAAUGGUCCCACCUUGAACUUAAAAGAAGAGGAAGAAGAAAGGAAGAGAGUAAAAAUCACCCACUUUCAAAAUCUCUGGUGUGCUGCAAACUCUUGCUAUGGCAAGGAACAGUUUAUCUGAAAAAAGUAGUUUUCUGUGACAGCUCUAAACUACAACAACGAGAUCUCUUCUUCCUGUUUGCUGCACGGACCAGUAAGAUGUUCUGGCUGCUGCUAGCUCUGCCCAUUUGGGUGGGGCCUGAACAAGCUGACUCUGCCCAGUCCAAUGAGCGGCGAGUUGUAGCACACAUUCCUGGUGACAUCAUCAUUGGAGCGCUGUUCUCUGUCCAUCAUCAACCCCCUGCUGACAAGGUGCAUGAGCGUAAAUGUGGGUCAGUGCGUGAGCAGUAUGGCAUCCAGCGGGUAGAGGCCAUGAUGCACACACUGGACCGCAUCAACUCUGACCCACACAUCCUCCCCAACAUCACCCUGGGCUGUGAGAUCCGUGACUCCUGUUGGCAUUCGGCUGUGGCUCUGGAGCAGAGCAUCGAGUUUAUACGAGACUCACUAGUCUCCUCUGAUGAGGCUGAGGAAUGGGGAGGUUCCUGGGGAGGAGGAGGAGGGGGAGGGAUGAGGUGUGCAGACCCCUCGGCCACUCCUAUGCGAGGGAAGAAACCCAUCGUGGGGUUGAUUGGGCCAGGCUCGAGUUCAGUGGCCAUCCAGGUUCAGAACCUUCUGCAGCUGUUCAACAUACCACAGAUUGCCUAUUCUGCCACCAGUAUGGACCUCAGUGAUAAGAGCCUCUACAAGUACUUCAUGCGGGUUGUACCCUCAGAUGCCCAGCAGGCUAGAGCUAUGGUGGACAUUGUAAAGAGAUACAAUUGGAGCUACGUGUCGGCCAUACACACUGAAGGAAACUAUGGAGAAAGUGGAAUGGAAGCAUUCAAGGACAUGGCAGCUAAGGAGGGCAUCUGUAUCGCCCACUCUGGCAAAAUCUGGAGUAAUGCCGGGGAGCAGAGCUUUGACAGGCUGCUGGAGAGACUGCGGGCUCACCUGCCCAAAGCCAGGGUGGUGGCAUGUUUUUGUGAAGGCAUGACUGUCCGUAACCUCCUCAUGGCCAUGAGACGCCAGGGUCUGGUGGGAGAGUUCCUCCUCGUUGGCAGUGAUGGCUGGGCAGACCGGUAUGAUGUGACAGAUGGUUAUGUGAAAGAAGCAGCUGGUGGUAUUACCAUUAAGCUUCAAUCUGCUGAUGUGAAGUGGUUUGAUGAAUACUACCUGAAACUUCGACCAGACAACAACCACAGGAACCCCUGGUUCCCAGAAUUCUGGCAGCAUCGCUUCCACUGCAGACUGAAAGGCCAUCCCCAGGAGAGCACCAAGUACAACCGGACAUGUAGCAAACGUGAAUCACUUCGGCAGCAGUACGCACAGGACACUAAAAUGGGGUUUGUCAUCAAUGCCAUCUACUCAAUGGCAUAUGGCCUACAUAACAUGCAGCAGGCACUCUGCCCAGGCUAUCAGGGCCUAUGUGAUGCCAUGAGACCUAUAGAUGGUGCUACACUGCUGGACUUCUUGAUGAAAACAAACUUCACGGGCGUCUCUGGCGAAGGAAUCCUAUUUGAUGAGAAUGGAGACUCCCCUGGCAGGUAUGAAAUAAUGAACUUCAAGAAGAUGGGCAAGGACUACUAUGACUACAUUAACGUGGGCAGUUGGGACAACAGGGGGUUGAAGAUAGAUGAUGAUGAAAUCUGGGCCAGCAAAGAUGUCAUCAUUAAGUCAGUCUGCAGUGAACCCUGUGCCAAGGCCCAGAUCAAGGUGAUCCGUAAAGGUGAAGUUAGCUGCUGCUGGACCUGCACUCCCUGUAAAGAGAAUGAGUUUGUAUUUGAUGAGUAUACUUGCCGAGCCUGUGACCUCGGCUCCUGGCCUACUGACGACCUCACAGGCUGUGACCCUAUCCCAGUGGAGUAUCUGCGAUGGGGGGACCCUGAGCCCAUUGCUGCUGUGGUCUUUGCCUGCCUGGGACUCCUGGCCACACUCUUUGUCACUGCAAUCUUCAUCAAGUUUCGGGACACUCCAGUGGUGAAAUCAUCCAGCAGGGAGCUGUGCUAUAUAAUUCUGGCAGGGAUCUGCUUAGGCUACCUGUGCACCUUCAGCCUCAUAGCCAAGCCCUAUGUCAUUCAUUGCUACCUCCAACGACUGGGAAUAGGCCUGUCACCUGCCAUGAGUUACUCGGCCCUGGUCACCAAGACCAACCGCAUAGCACGAAUCUUGGCAGGAAGCAAGAAGAAGAUCUGUACAAAGAAGCCCCGCUUCAUGUCCGCCUGCGCUCAGCUCAUCAUUGCCUUCCUUCUCAUACUCCUACAGCUGGGCAUCAUAGUGGCUCUCUUCCUCAUGGAGCCACCAGAGGUGAUCCAUGACUAUCCCAGCAUCCGACAGGUCAACCUCAUCUGUAAUACCACUAAUUUGGGGGUGGUGGCACCGCUGGGAUAUAAUAGCCUGCUCAUCCUCAGCUGCACCUUCUAUGCCUUCAAGACCCGCAACGUUCCUGCUAAUUUCAAUGAGGCUAAAUACAUUGCCUUUACCAUGUACACCACCUGUAUCAUCUGGCUUGCCUUUAUCCCCAUCUACUUUGGCUCCAACUACAAGAUUAUCACCAUGUGCUUCAGUGUUAGCCUCAGUGCCACUGUAGCUCUCUGCUGCAUGUUUGUACCCAAGGUGUACAUCAUCCUGGCUAAGCCAGAGCGUAACGUGCGCAGUGCCUUUACCACUAGCACAGUGGUGCGCAUGCAUGUGGGAGAUGGCAAAUCUUCGUCGGCUGCUAGCCGCUCCUCCAGUCUGGUCAACCUCUGGAAACGCAGGGGCUCUGCUGGAGAGACACUGAGCUCCAACGGAAAGUCGGUGUCCUGGGGGCAGACGGAGCGCAGCAGUUCGCGUGGCAACCACCUGUGGCAGCGGCUGUCCUUCCACAUCAAGAAGAAGGAGAACAACCAGACUGCCGUCAUCAAACCCUUCUCCAAAACCCCCGAGGGACGCUACUGUGGUGGGGGGGACCUGCCUCCCCAUGUCCCACUGCCCUCUCUCCCCUCCAUGCCCUCCCUUACCACCCUGCCCACCCAUCCUGAUACAGCCACUGACAAGACCCUAUACGAGCUCUCAGAAGCCGAAGAGAGGUACCCAAUCACGUACCGGCCACAGACCCCUUCACCAAUCAGCACGGUGAGCCAGAGAGUGGGGGCGGGACUGGGAGACGAGGCCCAGGUGAUUGGCAUGUCAAAAUACAUGGGCAGCAGUUGCAGCAGUGGGAGUGGUGGUGCAAGUGGCGGUGGCUCCGUUGUUUGUGGAGGGGCUGACAGUCGCAUGAUUUCCAACAACAACAACCCAGGGGAGUGUCAAGGUUCACUUAUGGAUCAGAUCAGCUGCGUGGUAAACCGCUUCACCGCGAACAUCACUGAGCUCAAUACCAUGAUGCUCUCACCUUCUCCAACACACUCACACACACACACACCUUCACCCCCACACCCCACUGACCCAUAUCUGUUGCCCCGUGAACUCCAGAUGCCCCCGACGCUCACCACCUAUGCUGAUGUUCAGCCUCUGCCCCCUGUCGAGUCUAGCUUGGGGGGGCGUAACAGCUGCCACGCCCACCCCAUGUCUAAUCCUCACUCACCUUACCCCCUGCCGCCUCCACACCCCCAAACACCCCCCUCUACCUCCCCUGUGCGAAGAGGCCUAGUCACCUGCCUCACUGAGUCCCCUCUGAGGAGGGUAGAGCUAGAGGAGGAGCUUAUGGCGCUGACUCCUCCAUCACCCUUCCGUGAUUCCCUGCCAUCCAGCAGUGGUUCACAGAUAUCAGAGUCAGGCCUGUGUCUCCCCCCGGCUCCCUCCCACCCACCCCCAUCUCCUCCAUCACCCAGGUACAGCAGACUGACCCUCAGAAACUACAGCCAGAGCUCCUCCUCGCUGUGAGGAAUGGACGAAAUGUAAAGGGAAAAGGAAGAAGUGAAGAGGAAAGCUGAGUAACAACACAGGCCGUUGUGAGAAAUGGGGCACAGGAAGAUGGAUAGACUGAAAUCCAUCCGUCCCUCAGUGAAGGGAAAACUGUGAGGUCAAGGACUGGUCUGUGAGGUCAUCAAACAGCAACAGUCUGUUGUGUUUGUGUUUACAUGUUUUCAGUGAGAUGCAAGUAUAAGACCCUCGCCGGCAUUGUAGUUUUUUUAGUGUUGUCUCUUUAGAGCGAGGACUCAAGGACUACAAAAAUGGCCACUAUAACUUUUCAUUGUUUUGGUGUCUGUAAUGCCAGAGAUCAUUCUCUAGAAGUCUACAGCAGUGAUGUAGGUUUUGGUAGUGGCCUUAAGGUAACAUGGCUAUCAUCUAAUUAGAGAACGUGCAUGUGUGCACAUGCGCAUGUGGGCGUGUGUGUGUGUGUAUGUGUGUGCGUGUGUAAGUGCGAGAGUGUUGGGUGUGUCAUAGCUGAUUAUGUAUCAUGACAGUGGCAAUGAAUGGUACUGAUGAGGUACUGUGUGCAAGACUCUUAUAGUUUAUGUGGACUAAGUAGUGGCCAUCAAGGGCGCAUAUCAAUUUGCUCUC